CUCCACGAACUUGUCAUCAUCUUCAGACCGUCCAACUAAGAGAGAUUAAUAUUUCUCCUUAUUACAAAUAUUACUAUACGUUUGUGCUUCGCUAGAAAGAUUCUCUCUUCCCUUCAAAUUCAACUUUCCAUAUCAAUAACAUAAAAUCACACCAUUGACAAUAGUAAUAUGGGUAGCCCUUUUUGUAUUCCCAGGAUGAAAAACAGCCGGUGGACUAAGAAGACCAACCGGGUUACGCCUAUGUCAUUGCUCGAUCGUUUCCGGGAAGCCGUUUUCCGGCUGAUUGUGUUGUCGGCGUUCACUAAAGCCGCCAGGCCCGCCGCCGCCAGCCAUGGAAGAAAAUCACCGGAAUCUGCACAGAAGCAGGCUUACUACAAAGCCUACGAGCCUCACCACAGUGAAGCCGUUGCUGAUUGCAUAGAGUUUAUAAAGAAGUCAGCCUUUACCGACGGUAACCGCAGCUCCACCGCCAGCUUCUCGAUCGACGACGACGACAUUGACGUGGUUAGACAUCUUCCGGCCGGAUAUAUGAUUUAUCAGAAUUCAUCUUUUUAGCUUUGUAAUUUUUCUUUUUGGUUUUUUUUUUUUUUUUUUUGUCUUUGUAACAAUAUUUGUUGAUGUUUGACAGCGGGGGGCAAGAGUACGUCUUGCCUUGUUUACUUUAUACGUAGUGUAAAUUGUAUGUGUG